AUGUUGACAAGAACCCUCAAAGCCCCAACCAGCAGCACACGCAAAGCGUUACACUUCUGCAGUAAAACCAAUCUUGGCAGCCAGCUUGGGCAACAACUCGCCAUCUUUACAUCAUCCUCACUAUCAUCAUCGGCACAAACCAGAAUACACGCGUUCUGGACCACUGAUGAACCGUUGCUGCGGGCCCUGCGUCGGCGACAAGAGUCGUACCGUCUUGCUCAAACGUCUGCACGAAAGAAAUCCGACCGAUUCGACGCUGUGCAGCUGGCCAAGUCGGAGAUCAGGUGGGCAGUGCAACACGUUCGAACGCCCUCGCUCCCACUCUCGGAUACAUCGUCCAAGAAGAAAAACGGUUUGACUCGAGAUCAACGGAGACGUCUGGUGUGGAUGACCAGGCAAAUGACCAGGAACAAUGUACCUCUAUCGUACCUUUUGGGAAGUGUACCGUUUGGAUCGUUGAAGAACGAGUUGACGGUGAGACCGCCUGUGCUACUUCCUCGGCCAGAGACAGAAGACUGGGCGACGCAGGUGGUCAGCGUCCUGCUGAAUCUGAGCCGCGAGCAGUUAGACAAGGUCCGCAUAGUCGAUCUUUGUACUGGCUCGGGGUGUAUUGCGUUGCUCGUCGCCGAUGCACUUCGAACACGUUUGGGGGCAGCCGGAGAAUGGAAGGUGGUAGCAUGCGAUCGAUCGCCCAUUGCUGUCGAGAUUGCACAGGAAAAUGCACAAAAGCUUGGAUUCGAGAUUAACCAGAAGCAGUCGAACCUGCACAUUGUCCAGGCCGACAUCUUUGAAGAUGGAGAUAUGGACAGGUUGGCCGUCAUAGCAGGAGGGCCGUUUGGGCUGAUCGUUAGCAAUCCGCCGUACAUUCCGCGACGGGAAUGGGCUACGCUGUCAAACGAGGUCAAGCAGCACGAAGAUCCAGCCGCCUUGAUCGGCGAACGCGAUCCUGAAUCAGCCGAAUCCAGCAGCGAAAGGCAGAGGUUUUUAGACCGGCACGGACUAGCAUUCCACCAACGCCUCGCUGAUCUUCUCUACCGACCCACCUUCUCCACCUCGUUCGCACCGCUGCCUCGACUCGUCGCUGAAUACGGCAGGGGUCAGCAGAAGCAAGUGGAACAGCUUCACGUCGACCUCAAGGCGCCCAAGGAUCGUUUGCCCAGAGUGACGCACGUGGACGCGCAGUUGGUGAUAGUCGGAUUGGGAAAUGCUACGACACAUCCGUUGACACGACAUUCGAUCGGACAGGUGGUUCUGGACCCACUUUUGCAAAGGCUGAUUGAGAUGGAUGGCAAGGUGAGAGCAAGGUUGCGCGCGAUACGGGAUGGACUCGAGCAAAAUAGAACAGAAGCGGUGCAGAGUGGACGUGUGGAUACUACUAAAAGACCGGACUGGUCGACAUCGGUACCCACAACUCUUUCCAUUCCUACUUCGUUCACUUCGUGCGCUGCUACACCGCAAGAGCUCGAUCUGGACCAGUCUUGCCUCGACCUGCCACGCCAACUUACCAAAGUCAACGGUAAAAGCGGAGGAUGGUCCUGCACCCUACCUCUACUCAUCCCCUCUUCACCAGCUACUUUUUUCUCAUCGCACCCAUCCGAUUCGACCAUCUUCUCCGUCAAUCUCUGCCUGUUCAAGCCGUCCCACGCGAUGAAUCUGUCCGGCGUAGGCCUCAAGGCGUUCCUGCAGACGCGCCAUCCCUACUUCGCCUCCACCAGUCAUUCCACACCAAGUGAGCACGCAUCAACAGGAACAUGGAACACGGACGACAUCUUAGUUCUACAAGACGAACUUGACCUGGACUUUGGAUCUGUCAAACGGAAAGACGCUGGUAGUGCACGUGGGCACAACGGCGUACGCGAUAUUGUUGCACGACUCGAGAUCCCCGCUGUUUCCUCCACCACUUGCGCAUCGACAAAACGAACCGCUUCGAACGGCGCAGAAGCAUCCGGACCGAAACUCACUCGGCUACGAAUCGGAAUCGGUCGACCGUCCCAUUCUACACCCAAAGAUAUUUGGUUGCCCGCAUCGCUGCAAUCCAAAAAAGCCCCACGUGUCGAUCGUUGGGUGCUGUCACCACUCACACCGGCCGAAUUGGAAAGCUGUCGAAACGCUAGUCAGCGACACGACAGCGUGAUUGACCAUGUUGAGACGCUUACCCUUCAGUGGGUCGCAGAACGGUGUGCGAGCUUGGCACAGCAUUCGCAGGUGACGAAAGACGUUGGCUCACGGAAGGAUCAAUUUGGUGUUUUUCGCACUGUCUGGGUGCAGUAA